AGUUCGUCCACAAACUCCUGCUGAGAAAGAUGUCCCUCUUAUUGAGAUCAAGUACCCAGGGGAAUGUGAAAGCAAAAAAAUCAUGAUUGGUUCUGUUGUGAAAGAUUACCUAAACAAAAAGAAAAAUAUUUUCAAGGAAUACAAAUUUGAUCAUGUUUUCAAACCUGAUAGCACUCAAGGACAAGUAUACGCUGAGGUCGCUGCUGACGUUGUCCAAUCGGUGGUCGAUGGGUACAAUUGUUGCAUUUUUGCUUAUGGUCAAACAGGUGCGGGGAAAACUUACACAAUGCAAGGUUCUGAUGAUACUCCGGAAAGUGAGGGUCAAUUCAUCGAAAUAUAUAAUGAUCAAAUCUAUGAUUUGCUUAUCUCACAUGGAGAAUCCAAAGAUGUGAAGAUAACACAUGACAUUGAAGAGGGUUCAACAAGGAUUGCUAAUGUGAAAACAGAUUGUGUUAAUCAAGUACUUAGAUUCGCAACAAAGAACCGAACUGUUGCUUCUACAAAAAUGAACGAUAAUUCUUCAAGAAGUCACAGCAUAUUUAUGAUUCAUAUCAAAGGUUCUAAUUCUGUUACAAAUGAGAAACUAUCGGGUUCCUUGAACCUUAUUGACCUGGCAGACUUGUUGGAAGCUCUUAAAGAAGAUUUGAUUGAAGAGUUAGUUCUUAUAGGAAGGCAAAGAGUUCGUCCACAAACUCCUGCUGAGAAAGAUGUCCCUCUUAUUGAGAUCAAGUACCCAGGGGAAUGUGAAAGCAAAAAAAUCAUGAUUGGUUCUGUUGUGAAAGAUUACCUAAACAAAAAGAAAAAUAUUUUCAAGGAAUACAAAUUUGAUCAUGUUUUCAAACCUGAUAGCACUCAAGGACAAGUAUACGCUGAGGUCGCUGCUGACGUUGUCCAAUCGGUGGUCGAUGGGUACAAUUGUUGCAUUUUUGCUUAUGGUCAAACAGGUGCGGGGAAAACUUACACAAUGCAAGGUUCUGAUGAUACUCCGGAAAGUGAGGGUCAAUUCAUCGAAAUAUAUAAUGAUCAAAUCUAUGAUUUGCUUAUCUCACAUGGAGAAUCCAAAGAUGUGAAGAUAACACAUGACAUUGAAGAGGGUUCAACAAGGAUUGCUAAUGUGAAAACAGAUUGUGUUAAUCAAGUACUUAGAUUCGCAACAAAGAACCGAACUGUUGCUUCUACAAAAAUGAACGAUAAUUCUUCAAGAAGUCACAGCAUAUUUAUGAUUCAUAUCAAAGGUUCUAAUUCUGUUACAAAUGAGAAACUAUCGGGUUCCUUGAACCUUAUUGACCUGGCAGGUUCAGAGAAAAUAUCAGCUUACGAAUCAACUGGAGAUCUUCAAGUUGAAACGAUAAAUAUUAACAAGAGUCUCAGCAGUCUAAAAACAGUUAUACAAAACAUAAAGGAAAAUGCGAGCCAUAUCAAUUACCGUGACUCCACCUUGACCUAUGUUUUGAAGAAUUCAUUAGUUAAUAUUUCCCCGGUAAGAUCAUCUCAAGCGGAUACUGAAAACAGUUUAGAAUUUGGGCUUAUUGCAAAAGCAGCUCACAUCGGCAUCGCAAAAAAAGGUUAA